CUGUAACUUGCCGAUCGACCCCUCGUUGCCAUUCCUCAAUCAAUUCAACUUCGAAAUGCUUGCCCUGCGCCCAUCAAUCUGUAGGGCGUGCCGAAAGGCUCAGAUCCGCCCGGCGAGAGCGUUCGCAACCGCCAGUGGUCCCAUCCAGCAGCCGCCCCGCGACAACUAUGUGAAGCUCGUCGAGGUCGGUCCUCGCGAUGGCCUCCAGAACGAGAAGAAGACGAUACCCCUUGCGACCAAGAUCGAGCUGAUUGAGAGGCUCGCCAAGACUGGUGUGUCUACAAUUGAAGGCGGCUCCUUUGUCUCGCCGAAAUGGGUUCCCCAGAUGGCCAAUUCAAGCGAAAUUCUCGAGCACCUCCUCACCCGAAAGGUCUCCUCUCCAGCUCAAACAUCAUACUCAUUCCUCGCACCGAAUAUCAAGGGUCUGCAGAACGCCCAGGCGCUGCUGGCCAAAUACCCCGGCGCAUUCGCAUCACAACUCCAGCCCUCAACUGAUGCUUCGACCCCCGCCGUCGAAGUUGCCGUUUUCGCGGCAGCGACCGAAUCUUUCUCGAAGAAGAACCUCAACUGCGAUAUUGCGACGUCACUAGACCGCUUCCGCGAGGUCAUUCGCGAGUCAAAGGCGGCCGGCCUCCGCGUUCGCGCAUACGUCUCUGUGGUCCUCGGCUGCCCCUUUGAGGGGUACGACGUUGACCCGCACAAGGUCGCCGAGAUCUCGACGGAACUGCUGGAGUCAGGCGCCGACGAGGUGUCCCUGGGCGACACCACCGGCAUGGGAACCGCUCCCCGGACCAAGGAGCUGUUGAACUGCAUGAGGGCUGCGGGAAUCCGCAACGAGGAUAUCGCGAUGCACUUCCACGACACGUACGGCCAGGCUCUAGUUAACACGGCUGUGUCUUUGGAACAUGGCAUCCGCACGUUUGACAGCAGUGUUGGCGGUCUUGGAGGAUGCCCUUACAGCCCCGGUGCGACUGGCAAUGUGGCUACGGAAAACAUGAUUUACUUUAUUGAGAGCCUGGGUAUGGACACUGGUAUUGAUCUGGAUGCCAUGUCGGAUAUCGGUGCUUGGAUCACGGGCGAGUUGAGCAAGGCCAACGAUAGCACUGUUGGAAAGGCCGUUUUGGGCGCCAGAUCUCGUGAAGCGGCGACAGCGUAGUCUUGAGUUUCUUGAGAAUUGAAUUGGA